UUAUACCGCUCCUUGUUUCCUCCCACUCUAAACACACACACACACACACAUGAUGUAAAACUGGUGCAACUGGUUUCCACCAUAAAACUUCACAUGAAGCAGUCAUGCCUCGUUUGCGGGAAAGAAAAGGUCACCGGUUUCCCGUCUCAAUGUGGAAUAUUGAGCGUGUCGAUUGCACUUCCUUCUUUUUCAACUGCGUAUAUUCCACACAACCCCUUUGGGAAGUAGAUUAUUAUUGGCCAACAUGACUAGUUGGCACAUAAUCUGUGUGCUGAUACAUCCACAUGGAAGAUUAAGGAAGGUGUACUUGCCGUAACCACGCCUCCUGAUACAGGCUUCUACAUAAGGUUGGAGCCCAGUCCGCUGCAUUCAAAGACACCUGUGUGCCUGGGAGAUAUGGCCCAAACAGUGAACAUUGUUUCAAGGCAGCAGUGGGGAGCCACUGCCCCUAAAAGUAAGGAGACCCUGAAGGGCUCUGCCCAGAGAGCUAUCAUACACCACACCGCCCUCCCAAGAUGCAACAACGAGAAAGAGUGCAAGAGCCGCCUUGCCAGCAUUCAGAGAACCCAUGUGAAGGAAAGAGGCUUCGACGACAUCGGGUAUAAUUUUCUUGUCGGAGAAGACGGUACAGUGUAUGAGGGCCGCGGCUGGGGUGUGGUAGGGGCACACGCCAAAGGCAGCAAUCAUGACUCAGUGGGGAUUGCCUUCAUGGGUAAUUUUAAUGUUGAAACGCCGAGCACAGAGGCGCUGUCGUCUGUCAAACGGCUGCUGCAGUCCGGAGUUCGUGAGUGCUUUCUAAUCCCAAAGUUUUCCGUGGUUGGGCACCGAGAUGUGGGCCGGACGGAAUGUCCAGGAGGUCAACUGUAUGCUGCCCUGCCACAGCUCAAGGGUUGCCAAUCGCUUUGAUGCAGGGAUGGAUUAACGAACGGGCCUACCAGGCCCAGGGGCCCAUGAGCUCAGGGGGCCCCUAAGCCAGAGCCUCCGCGCGUGACGUCGCUGUUAUUACCUUCGCAUUGAAAAUGCCGGAAGGUUAUGUUUUGAUCGCCGUGUAUUUAUUUAUUUAUUUAUUUGUAUGCGUGUUAUUCGCAAAACUCAAAAAGUAUUGAACCGAAUCGCAUGAAAUUUGGUGGGAUGAUUGUUUAUUAUCCGGGGACCAGUUGAUUAGAUUUUGUGAUCGAUCGGGUCAAAGGUCAAGGUCAAAGGUCAUGAACAGGUCAAAUCUUCUUGAAUCACAUGGAAUUUGGUGGGAUGAUUGGUUAUUAUCCGGGGACCAUUUGAUUAGAUUUUGGGAUCAAUCGGGUCAAAGGUCAAGGUCAAAGGUCAUGGAAAGGUCAAAAUCUUUUUUUUACCAUAGCACGAUACAUUUUUGUCCAAUUGGCAUGCAACUAAUGCCAAAAUGUUCAUAAUUCAAUGCCCAAUCUUGUGAUAUGCGAAGGUAUGCGCUCUACCGAGUGCCCGUUCUAGUUAACAUUGUAUUGAUAUGAAUAUGAUGAUAUGACACGAUGCGCCGUAGCCGGUAUAUGCUAGGCUUAAGUCAUUCAUGUCAGUAACAGGGCCCCAAUAGUCCUACUGAGGGAUGGAUUACCGAACGAGCCUGCCGGCACCAGGGGCCCGUGAGCUCAGGGGGCUUUUGCACUACACAUACACUAUGCUGAUCUGCACUACAUGUUUAGCUUUACCUUUUCUUGCUUCUCAGUUACAGAUUUUUGUAAAUAGUUAAUUUAAGAAUUUAAUAAAUUAUCUUUUGAAUUCAAACCUUAACUCGGUGUGGUCUCCCUAUGAUGUUAUUUCCACUUUGAGCCGUGUGGUUGUAACGAUUACAAAAGUUAUUCGUUGAAUACAUAUAACCGAAGUCCCUGCUAUCAUAUAAUUUGCGUUAUGUUGUCUGCUCAGCUCCGGUAUCGUUGUUCCAUACGGACUGUUUUGUUAGCGAUGUUUGUUUGUUUUUUGCAGGGGGGGGGGCUUGACACGUCCAGGCCCAGGGGCCCGUGGUUUCUUAAUCCGUCCAUGCUUUGAUGGCACACAAACCUUCACCAGUUCAAUCAAAUCACAGAUUUGGAAUAAUCAGGAUGAAAGGAUGAACAAUAACUUAAUAUCUUGAAAACUAAUGGUCCAAUACAUUUUUUCUUUUAACCUUUUCAUUUCUUUUACAUUUUUUAAAAUAAAUCUCGGCUGUCCUCUGAACUCGGGGAAGGUUUGGAGUUUCACAGCCUGUUCCAGCAGAGGGAGCCAUCAUACGGGGUGAAGUGCACAAUGGAUGUAAGUCAAUGCACUUACAUUCACUUAAGGUAAAAAAUGGUCCCAGUAGCUCUUACUUAUUAGAUUACAUUCUAUCAAUAUGUCACCGUGCUACUCUUGAGUUAUAAGUGCAAUAUUAAUAUGUUUGGCAAUACAUUUUACUUAAGAAUACUAUAUGCAUGAUAUUGGUAUUAAUGGACAAGGGGUGUAAGCUUCACGUUCACAUGGGUUUAACCCUGUGCUGAUGCUUUGUUAAUAAAUGCAAUGUUAUCAGCAAUA